AUGUCGGUUGCAGUAGGGAAGAUAACUUUCUUCAUUCACAUAGACGAAGUGAAAAGUCCGGGCAAUAAACUUCACGGAGGAGGAUGUUGUCAGGGUGUGACGGGUACACACUGUACCAAGUUAUGUAAACCUGUACUCACCAUAUGCCUUAAAGACACUCCCCAUUCCUGUAGGGCAAGGUUUACCACAACAUUAGACAUGAGGCGACAAGAUAUUAUUUAUGGUUCUAAAGUCGGGAAUACAACCAACCCACAGUUUCUGGAAAUUGAUUCAUGGAGGAAAUAUCUGGACAAGAUCUCAGUGAGAGUGGUAGAUUUACAAAACUCCUCCUCACCACUCAUCUACCAGACAGAGUUCUCGGACUAUAAUAUCCAAAUAGGAAACAACGUACUUUCACAACACUGGCGACAAAAGAAAUUGACAGCAAAUUAUUUCUCUGAUAAAAAUUCUUUUUUUAUCCAGUUAACCUACAAGGCCUAUUGUUCUGAGGGUUUCUAUGGUUCAGAUUGUACACCUCAUUGUCCUGGUAAUCCACAGAAGUGUGUCGUCAACGGUCAUACGUACUGUAAAAUGGGUUGGCAUGGAAGUAACUGCGAUCAGGACAUCAAUGAAUGUGCUACUCGACAGUUUUGUGGACAUGGUAUUUGUACAAAUAAAGCUGGUAGUUUUCAUUGUACAUGUCCGUCCUCCGUGUAUGGUCUGAAGUGUCAGCUUGAUGAGGAUGAAUGUCUUUUACAGCCUUGUAAUGGAGGAGAGUGUUUCAACAAGAUCGGGAGUUAUACAUGUCAGUGUAGAAACGGAACAACUGGUGAAAACUGUGAAUCGUUGACUUUUCACCAAUGUCACAGUGAUACUUGUAAUUAUCAAGGACAAUGUCAUAUUAAGCAUAGAAAGGCCGUAUGUACGUGUAACAAUGGAUAUACCGGUCCCGACUGUUCCAUAAAAAAUUCAUGUGCUAACAAUCAGUGUCAGAAUGGUGCUACAUGUGUUAUAAAUGGAGGUAACUACACGUGUCAUUGUCGUAUGGGCUAUAUGGGACCACUCUGUAAAAUGCGUGACUACUGUUUUCAACAAACAUGUAGCGGAAAUGGUAUAUGUCACAGGAUAAUAGAAUCUAAUUAUCGUGACUUUUUCUGUAAAUGCGAUGCUGGAUGGUUUGGAUUAGAGUGCCAGUCUUAUGAUUUUUGCUAUAAUAUAACUUGUUCUAAUCGUGGGCAAUGUUUUACUGGACAUAAUGACUUUGUAUGUGUAUGUGACCCUGGGUUUACUGGAAAGGUUUGUGAAUUGACACGGGUUUGCAAUAUGUCAUCAUGUAUUGCUCCUCGUGUUUGUAGGGAAAAUUUAAUGGGAUAUUCUUGCGAAUGUCCAUUUGGAAUAACAGGAAACAACUGUGAUAGGAUUGACCACUGCCUAAAAAAUCCCUGCCUGAAUCAUGGUACUUGUAAGGACACCGAUAUAGGGUUUAACUGCUCUUGUUACACUGGAUGGAAAGGUCUCUUAUGUGAUGAAAUUGAUCACUGUGCAAAUGCUUCGUGUCAGAAUGGUGCAGUUUGCAAUAAUAAUUUGUUCAAUUACACUUGCUCAUGUAAAGAAGGAUUUUAUGGUAGUCAUUGUGAAAUUACAGACUUCUGUUUUUCUAACCCAUGCAUGAAUAAUGGAACAUGCCAUAAUCAUGCUAUUGAGUUUACAUGCUUAUGUCCUAGUGAAUGGACGGGACACCGGUGUGAAGAAGAAAACGUUUGUUUUACCACUAACCCUUGUGGACAGCAUGGUAAUUGUCUGCAAGUUAAUUUGCAAGUGGCUUUACUGGUAUUGAAUGUGCUGUAG